GGUCUCGCGCAGUGCGUAACCCAGGGAACACAAUUUCACUGUGGCGUCUUCCUGCACAGCCUCAGCUCAUCAAUACGGUGGCUGAGCUCCCAUCCCCCAAUUUCUUCCAGCUCCAUCCAUUUUUUAUCUGGAAGCCUGAGAGUGACAUCAUGGCCAGGGUGAGAAACAAUUACAUCCUGCCAUGUCUUCAUAGCUGUCCUCAUCCGCAGGUGGUCUCAGCUGGUGUGGGCAGGCCUCGGGUGAUUGUUGGCACCAGUGGUCAAUAUUACAUCUUGUCCUCACGACUCUGCUGCAAGGCUUGUCGCAGGAACUGGUUUGCUGACAGUCCGCAGUGGCUGGAGAAGCUGCCCAAGCUCUUUUUCAACCUUAUGCCCGCAUUUCUGACUUACAAAAAGGCCAUCUGCAAGUCUGUGAUGGAUGAUCUGAGGCGCACUGGCAAGUCACCAAAUGAUAUGGCAAACCAGGUGAAUGAGGUCAUGCAUCUCAAGUAUGAGCGAGCUCACCUGGCCUACCUACAAACCACAGAAAGUGUCAUGAAUGCGGAGGCUGGCGUGUAUGGACAGAGGACCAUUGGGCAGUUCCUGAGGAAGGAAAACCAGUCUCGUGCUUUUGGCCAAUAUGAAGAUCCCGAUGGCUGGUGUGGAGUCUCCGUGUCAAGUCACUACCUGACUGACUGCCUUCUCAAUGAGUACAGACGUCAAGAGCCAUUCAUGUCCAAACUCCUCCAGGGCACCUUUGGGCAGGUCUUCAGGUCUGACCACACCAGGAAGGUUGCACGUAAAGUGACGUUGGCAUCUGGAGUCAUGUCCAGUUAUGCCGUCAUGAACGAGAACUGGAUGAUUGUUUCCUGGGUGAUGGUUCAGUCUGAGACUGAGAGGUCCUUGGAGCCGAUGUACCAGGGAAUGGCCAAGAGGUACAGCGACGCUGGAGUGGAAAAGGCAGGCUACCACUGGAUGGACAGGGAUUGCUGUGCUGCGUUCAAGAUCCCGGACAGCAUCCCUGCUGAGCAUUUGCGCUGGGAUGCCUGGAAGACUACUCCUUCUGUUGUUGCUGGAGCCACCUCUGGACUGCUGGCAAACACUUGUGCCUCACGGUCACAUUACAGCACCAACAUAGUUGUGAAACUGGACUUGUUCCACUGCUUGAGGCGUUUUUCACGGGAGUGCACCUCUGAGCAUCACCCUUUGUACAGCACUUUCUGCCAGCUCCUCUCCGCUGCCUUCUCUGUGGUGGAUCAGGAGGACUUAAAGAGGCUCAAGGACGCUUAUGAGUUCUGUGGCAUCCAUCCAGCCAAUCCCACCAAACAACAUACACGAGAGCACUGUAGGACCAAGAUACCACAACCCACAGAGCUGCUGGACAGAGUGGAGAAAGUCCUGAAACAUUUUCAUCUAGCUACGGACCCCAACAACGUCCCACUCUUUAAGCCAUCUAUGCUGAAGUUGUGGCGCAUACAGAGAGUGCACAUUCUCCGUGGUUGCCUCAGUGACCCUGAACUCGCAGAGGGUAUAAUGUACCGGUAUGGUGGCACUCUUCAGCUGAACCAUGUUCCUGGUGAAGGCGCCAAAGUUCCAAUAUGGAUCCCUGUCAGAGGUACAUCACAGCAGGAGGGAUACCAUUUCCACCAGGCCCAGUGGGUCACGGGGACUCAUGUCUCCACUGAAUUGUUCCAGGCCCAGGGCAUGACCGGGGUGGCACGGUGGAACUAUCAACGGCUGGUGGACCUUAAGCAGCCAGGUGUCAUCCUCCCUGCUGUGUUUGAUCCAGCUUUAUUAGUGGAGUUGAACUCUGCCUCUAAGACAGUGACUGGGCAAGACAAGUACCUUGCACUCCACCUCUCUGACAGAGACACCGGAGAGAGGUUUGGUCUAGAGUACCAAGAACCAGGCUGCCGUCCAGUCCCUCUGGAUUGGGACAAACAUAGAACCCAAAAGAGAGGUGAAUUUGCUGCUGUUGUGCCUCCAUCCAGUGUGCAGGCACCCGGUCCUGCCCAAGCCCUAGAAGCAACACCCCCCUCCAGCUGGACACCGCCACCUGGCACACCAUCCCCUGGACCAGCACCCUCUUCCAGCUGGACACCGCCGCCUGGCACACCAUCCCCUGGACCAGCACCCUCCUCCAGCUGGACACCGCCGCCUGGCACACCAUCCCCUGGACCAGCACCAUCCGUUGGCCAUCCGCUCUCUGCACUUCCAAAGCAGGAGAUGUCGACAGACGACCUCCAGGAACCUCCCGCAGCAAUGGAACUCUCAUAUGCCCUGCCCCAGCGGUCCUCGCCAAGGAGUGCCCGCACUGGACCCAUUAAGUCGGGUGGACGGGUUUUUGUGUUAGACCACACACGCUGGACGCCACCAAUGAAAAGUGCUGUUGACUGCUUGCUGCAGAAAUACCAUGGGGAGAAGGACAUGCUGCAGCGUGUGGAUCACGAUUAUGCAGACAUGGUCCAUCGGUCUGCCAGUGAUCCCAACAGUUUACUGCACCCCACAACCAGGCUACACAUAUCCCGCUAUGUGAAGCACCUGGCAAAACUCAUAAACACCAAAUCAUCUUUGAACACGAGCCCGGAAAAACUUCUGCUGACACAACAGCUGUGGCACUCUUUAACAGAGGGGAGUGAGACGGUUAGUGUUCCUGUGGUCACUAUGGGGCCGGCUAUUUACAAUCCACCUCUACCUGCAUCUGCCCUGUCCACACCUCUGUCACAAGAAUUGAUAGACAAAAUUGUGGAGGGCAUCAUGAAGCAGCAGCAGCAGCAGCAGCAGCAACAGCAGCAGCAACCGCAGAAGAAAAGGCAGACAAAGACCUGUCGUGCCUGUGGACAGCCCAAGUCUCAAUAUGAGACUGAUGGAUCCUCCAUCCACUUUUUUCACCAGCAAGGGCCUGUGCGCUAUUUUUAUUGUUCUAGAAGGGUGCAUCAGAUUUAUGCUGCUGAGGGACUCUCAGACCCCACAAUGCCCUUUGAAGACUUUUCCCAGACAGAGUUCUACCAGAGGGAGCUGGAGGCCACCAGGAAACGGGUGGAGGAUAUGAAAGAUAAAAAGAGGAAAAGACCAGAAUCACAACAUAAAGGCCGCCUCUGCAGAUUCUGCCACUUGGAGCUGAAACAGGGACCAAACAGCCCACACAUCCAUACGGGCUUCCCUGGAGUGGCAGGGAAAUAUAUUUACUGCCCAUCGAAAGUGUACUCUCUAUACCGAAAUAAGGGCAUGACCAAGGAGAUGACCUGGACGGAGUUUCAGGAGUCUCCUUUCUAUGAGGCUGAGAGACAAAGAUGGGUGGAAGGAAAGAAUAAAUGAUUUCCAUGUAUAUGUUUUUUUAUUGAAUUAUUGUUCUGGUUGUUUAAAUAAUAUUUGACUAAAUAAAUACAUUGUAUAUAUGGUCUGUAGGCUUCUGUAUAGAUGUAAAUAGAUUCUAAAUGGAUGUACAUUUUAAAUAUGAAAUAUGAAAAUAUAUAGUAAAUAUGAAAAUGUAAUUUUGUUCAAGUGGAGUUGAAACUAACCAAGUAUUUGUCUG